AUUUGAACCCAUGUCUUCCGCUUCCAAAGCCCGUGCUCUUCCCACGGAGCCACACUGCUUCAGACCGUGAAUCUCGCGAGGCUUUCCCUGGGGCGCCCUCCGGCCUGUCAGCGAGGAAACUGAGGCAGCGAGAACCUGCCCACAGUCAGAGCCCCAGGCCACGCUGCUCUUCGAGAGGAUUCAUAAGAGGACUUCGUGACGAGGACCAGUAAAGCUUCCUUUCCGUGACAUCGAAACUCCCUUUGGGAAUAGACCGGGCGCUUUGAGGCGGCCUACAUGCAGGGGGAAAAUGAGAAUUUUCUCGGAGUCUCACAAAACGGUGUUCGUGGUGGACCACUGCCCUUACAUGGCCGAGUCGUGCCGGCAGCACGUGGAGUUCGACAUGCUGGUGAAGAACAGGACGCAAGGAAUCAUACCCCUGGCCCCCAUAUCCAAGUCGCUGUGGACCUGCUCCGUGGAGUCCUCCAUGGAAUACUGCAGGAUCAUGUACGACAUAUUUCCCUUCAAGAAAUUGGUGAAUUUCAUCGUAAGUGACUCUGGGCCUCACGUUUUAAAUUCCUGGACACAAGAAGACCAGAAUUUGCAAGAGCUGAUGGCGUCGCUGGCGGCCGUGGGGCCCCCGAACCCGCGCGCCGACCCCGAGUGCUGCAGCAUCCUGCACGGUCUGGUGGCCGCCGUGGAGAGCCUGUGCAAGAUCACCGAGUACCAGCACGGGGCCCGCAGCCUGCUCAUGGAGAACGCCGACCGCGUCGGGAACCGCGGCCGCAUCAUCUGCAUCACCAACGCCAAGAGUGACAGUCACGUCCGAAUGCUUGAAGACUGCGUCCAGGAAACCAUCCACGAACACAACAAGUUGGCCGCCAAUUCCGAUCAUCUCAUGCAGAUCCAGAGGUGUGAAUUGGUCCUGAUCCACACCUACCCAGUGGGCGAAGAUAGCUUAGUGUCUGACCGGCCAAAGAAGGAGCUCUCUCCGGUGCUGAGCAGCGAAGUGCACAGCGUCCGGGCCGGAAGACACCUCGCCUCCAAGCUGAACGUCUUAGUUCAGCAGCACUUCGACCUGGCUUCCACCACCAUCACCAAUAUCCCCAUGAAGGAAGAGCAGCAUGCGAACACGUCGGCCAAUUAUGAUGUCGAACUGCUCCAUCACAAGGAAGCCCAUGUAGAUUUCAUAAAAAGCGGAGAUACCCAUCUGGGCAGCAGCAGAGAAGGCACGUUUAAAGAAACCGUGACGUUAAAGUGGUGCACUCCGCGGACAAAUAGCGUGGAGCUCCAUUACUGCACCGGAGCCUACCGAAUCUCACCCGUCGACGUUAACAGCAGACCCUCCUCCUGCCUCACCAAUUUUCUCCUCAAUGGUCGUUCCGUCCUGCUGGAGCAGCCGCGCAAGUCCGGCUCCAAAGUGAUCAGCCACAUGCUCAGCAGCCACGGGGGCGAGAUCUUCCUGCACGUCCUCAGCAGUUCCCGCUCCAUCCUGGAGGAUCCGCCCUCCAUCAGCGAAGGCUGCGGCGGGCGCGUCACCGACUACCGGAUCACGGAUUUUGGUGAAUUUAUGAGGGAAAACAGAUUAACUCCUUUUCUAGACCCCAGAUAUAAGCUCGAUGGAAGUGUCGAGAUCCCUCUGGAGCGAGCCAAAGAUCAAUUAGAAAAACAUACUCGAUAUUGGCCUAUGAUCAUUUCCCAAACGACCAUCUUCAACAUGCAAGCGGUGGUGCCGUUAGCCAGCGUGAUCGUGAGAGAGGCUUUGACGGAUGAGGACGUGCUCAACUGCCAGAAGACCAUCUACAACCUCGUGGAUAUGGAAAGGAAGAACGACCCCCUGCCCAUUUCCACAGUCGGGACAAGAGGAAAGGGGCCCAAGAGAGACGAACAAUACCGGAUUAUGUGGAAUGAACUGGAAACGCUGGUGAGAGCCCACAUCUCCAACUCGGAGAAGCAUCAGCGCGUCUUGGAAUGCCUGCUGGCCUGUAGGAGCAAGCCGCCCGAAGAAGAGGAGCGCAAGAAGCGAGGGAGGAAGAGGGAAGACAAAGAGGACAAGGCGGAGAAGGCCGGGAAAGAUUUCGAACCGGAGAAAUCCUGGCAGGAUUCGGAGAGGCUAAAGGGGAUUUUAGAACGGGGGAAGGAAGAGCUGGCCGAGGCGGAGAUUAUCAAAGACUCCCCCGAUUCUCCGGAGCCGCCCAAUAAGAAGCCCCUCGUCGAAGUGGACGAAGCGCUGCCGGUGGAGAAGUCGAAAGGACCGAUGUCCUUGUUGUCCCUGUGGAGCAAUCGGAUAAACACGGCCAAUUCCAGGAAGCACCAAGAGUUCGUUGGCCGCCUGAACUCCGUCAAUAAUCGAGCUGAGCUGUAUCAGCACCUGAAAGAGGAGAACGGGAUGGACUCGGCGGAGAACGGCAAAGCUAGCCGGCAGUGACGCGGGCCUCGGGUAACUUUAGCGGAUAGCCGGAGUCUCGGAUGCCGGAUUCGACCUAGUCCUUUUUCAGCAAGACUGUGUAGUUCCGUGGCCUGCAGUAGUUUUUACAUUUUUAUAACUCUCCGCUUCCUCUACCGUGCCUGGACGAAACGGACGCCCCAACAACGGACACCCGCCCUGAAAAGCUCCCGGGGGUAUUUUAAGGGGAAAUGGCCAAAAAAAGGGAUCUUUUUAAGUUGCCCUUCCCAAAAUAAAGUGGUUUCAAUAUUU